CUAGCCUACUCCCCUCCCCUCUCCAAACAUUCGCGAAAAGGUAAUCACUGUGACCAUCUCGAAGACAUCGUAGCAUGGUGGCAGGUGAACUUUGCACCGGCAACAAGAAUCCCUCUCAUCCGGCAAGAUUUCGUCCAGAAGCAGACUGGAAGACCGUCCACUUCGGAGGUUGGCCGGUAGGACGCGGAUGAUAGCAACAGGUGUUUGUGGAGUAGUCAUGGUGCUAGUGUUGGUUAUCCUGAUUCCGGUGCUGGUCAACUCCGCCGGAAUAUCCGCGCGGUACGAAAUGCUCGGAUCCUGUCAGAUGGUGUGUGAUCCCCACGGGACCAAGUCCACGGCCACAGACAAAGCCAAUACCAUCAGAGACAGCCGCUUGGUCCAGUCUCUACCAACCUUAAUCCAAGGUCCGAAAGGGGAACCCGGACGCACAGGAAGAAUUGGCCCUAGGGGUCCUCAUGGCGAGCCAGGACCACCCGGACCUGCCGGCCCGCCUGGGGAGAGAGGAGAGCCCGGUCCGCCAGGACUACCCGGAACGCCCGGAGCUAACGGAGCCACAGGUGCCAUAAGCGCAGCCACAUACAACAUGGUUCCAAAGAUAGCUUUCUACGCCGGGCUGAAAAAACAGCACGAGGGCUACGAAGUUCUGAAAUUUGACGACGUAGUCACCAACCUUGGCAACCACUACGACCCCACGACGGGGAAAUUCACCUGCUCGAUACCGGGCAUCUACUUCUUCGUUUACCAUGUGCUGAUGCGAGGCGGGGAUGGCACCAGUAUGUGGGCUGAUCUUUGUAAGAACAACCAGGUGCGAGCGAGCGCUAUCGCCCAAGACGCCGACCAGAACUACGAUUAUGCCAGCAACAGUGUUGUCCUACAUCUCGAGCCCGGCGAUGAGAUCUACAUCAAGCUGGACGGGGGCAAGGCGCACGGGGGCAACAACAACAAGUACAGCACCUUCUCCGGCUUCAUUGUCUACGCCGAUUAACAGAACACCAUAUAUUCUACAUUAGGCUGUUCACUGCACCUUCAUCUGCUAUUAUUCUCUCUUUUGGAUUGGUUACACCGCUGUCGUUAAGAAGACAUGUGGUUACAGAGAGACUGGGGGAUCUUGACGCAGAAGUGAACAUUAACACGCUUAAAUAGACCUUUCCUUUCGUGCGUAAAACCCCAAAUUAUGCAAUGCCCAGUGAUGAACUUGAACACGUGGAAACAUGGAAGGAGAUGAGUCAAAGUUGCAUGUGUAUAAGCCCAUAUUAUGUACAACAGGUUAAACAGGAAUGGUGUUCAUGCUUCAUUGCUUUUGCCAUUGGGUCAAUUAAUUAAUGUUUGAAUUGGUCUUGUAACGCAUCUCAGUUCAUGUUAGAGUCUAUGGAAUAGGAAAACAUAGGCAACGCAUAGAGGUGAUUAAAAGUGUACUGCAGGAAGUAA